AUGCGCUUUAUCCGGGUACGCGAUGCAGCAGUUGGGUUUGGUCUUAGGGAGGCUUUGAGGCCGCGUUAUGCCACCCUCCCACAACUUCGUCGACACUAUGGGUCUCAAGAUGUUGCUCCCGGAGGCCCACCACAGCCGGGGAAGGAGGGUCCUGAUCCAGAUGAGUCGUCGUCGUCUCGACAGAAGUCGUCCGAUCAGCAAGAUAAUUCUCUAAAAGCGACGAUAAUGCGGAUGUUUGAAUCAUCAGCAACAACGUUCGCCUCUAUAGCUGUCCUUGGUGCUGCUGGCUUCUCUUACCACAAGUAUUAUAAGCAUCUGGUUCUGAAGAAAAUGGACAAUGCCUUUGAACCUGGUGAUCCAAUGUUAGAGCUGGCUGGUGUUAAAGACCCCAAGCAAGAUCCUAUGGGAGACAAGGAUAUGGAGAGGGAUCCUGAGCACUGGCUCGAGCGUGAUGAGCAAGGAAAAAUCGACGAAAUUAUAAACGGUGCCAUUGGACAUUAUUACCUUCUUAUUGGUGAGAAGGGUACUGGAAAAACUUCUAUGAUCCUCAAUGCAAUGAGAAAAGUUGAUGGAAGCCGUGUUGCCAUGUUUGAAGCCCACGCAAAUCUCGAGAUCUUCCGAAUAAGGUUGGGAAAGUCGCUGGACUACGAGUUCCACGAAGACUACAUUGGUAGUCUUUUUAGUAUAAAAGGACCCCGUGAUACCACUGCCCUGCUGGAUAUUGAACGUGCUCUGAACAAACUAGAGAAGGUUGCUAUUAGGCGCCGGAACGUCCAUCAGAAUCCCUUGAUUUUGAUCAUCAACUCUCUGCAUCUGGUGAGAGACGACGAUGAUGGUAGGGAUCUACUUGAGAUGCUUCAGCAACGUGCAGAGCAAUGGGCCGCCAGCGGCCUAGUGACUAUGGUAUUUAACAGCGAUGACUACUGGAUUUACGAACGUCUAAAGCGGUAUGCUUCUAGAAUGGAGGUCAUCCCUGUCCCCGAUCUACCGAAGGGUAAAGCAGUGGGUGCACUCCGCCGGUAUCGAUUAAGAUACUUCAAGGAAAACCCGCCUCAGACCGUCUUAGAAGAGGUUUACAACAAGGUUGGCGGAAGGUUGACCUUCCUAAACCGUGUAGCCAAAUCCGAGGAUAUGCUGGCAACUUGUAACGAGAUCUGUGAAGCCGAAAAAACGUGGUUUUUAAACAAAUGUUGGAUCCUCGGCGAGGAGAUGGAUGAUGAUGUGAUGGACGAACAAAAAUAUUCUUCUGCGGCAAUGGUGUUAGCUAAGGCUCUGGUAGACCUUGAGAAGGAAAUGGACAAGACUUAUGAUGACGAAGAAGGACAUAUCCUACCAGAACUACCGCUCCAUAAGGCACGCCAAAUCAUGACACGAGCAGACUUCAUUCAAUCAUACGAUCAUGACAACAUCUUUACCAUUGACUCCAAGGCAAGGGUUCGAGCUGACUCUGUGCCCAUGCAAAAUGCUUUCCGUGAGAUAUGUGCCGAACCCGGCUUCGACCAGUAUCUCGAGGAUACUUUGGACAGGAUUUCGGCCAUUGAGAGUUUGGGUAGGACGCGAGAAAUUACUGUCAAGGACUUCUGGAACGACGGUAAAUUUAAAGCAACCAUGCGUGAUACCAAGGGCCGUGAAACUGGUACCCUCGAGAUUGGCGUGGUUAAGCCUGAGAAAGAAGAGGACGAUGACUAG